AUGUCUUCUAUGAUUGUUGAUCUUGGAGGGACUAGAAUUGAAACGACUGUUACCAGAGAACCAAGCGAGAUUAACCGUCUUGUCAUGACAUUCUUGUCUAACGACAAAUUUGGCAGGAAUAAAAUCAUUGGUCUUGACACAGAACGAGCUCGUAGUUUUAGUCCUAAAACCGUCCUGCUCCAGCUUUGCGAUGGAGACUAUUGCCUAAUAAUUCAGCUUUCCUCUUUUAAUCAUGUCAAGCUUCCUCUGUCUCUCUACAAUUUUCUCAACCUCCCUGAUUUCACCUUUGUGGGAAUUGGCAUGAACAAGUCUCUUAAGAUGCUGGAGAGUGAGUUUGGUUUGACCUGCAAGAAUGCUGUUGAGAUCGGACCCCCCAAGCGGAGUCUGAUGACCUACAAUAUGCAUUAUUUGAAUAUAACGAGGGCUGAUAUUGUUCAGAACGAACCAGCAAGCCCCAUCUUUGGCGACUGGGGGGCAAGUGUUCUCAGCGAGAACCAGAUUAUUCUCGCAGUUUCAAACGCUUACUUGGCUUUUGGCUUGGGGAACAAUAUGUUGGAAUACUGAAUCUAAACAUCUGUUUGCUUCUUUUUUUUUCUUUCUGUUUCCUUUUGUUUCUUUCUUUAUGUUAUUCAGUCUCUUGCAUUCAGGGUUGGUCAUUGUAGUACCUACAUCAUUUU